AUGGAGCCACGAGGGAUUGUCAAAGCCUUUCCCAAGAGGAAGAAGGUGAGGGAUGACUCAGGGAAAAGCGUCCCUCCAAAGAUCUCAAAAGAGGAAGGAACAGAGAUACUUGACAAGUGGCUGAAACCAGUCACCGCCUACGUGUUGCAAGCUGGCAUCGGCCAAGCCAGGGCAGAGAUCUUCCACAAGCAGAUUGUCCAGAAUGGGGGUGUUGUACACAACCAGCUCUCCUUGGAGGUGACGCACGUCAUUGUGGCUGAAGACAUGGACUGUGAUCGGGCCUUUCGGCUCCUUAAAUUAACCAAGCUACCUUCAGGAUUGCAGCUAGUGAAGGCAUCCUGGCUAAGUGCUUGCAUUAGAGACCAGAAGCUGCUGAGUACCACUGGCUACGGUGUCUUUAUUCCGCACAGGUACAUGGAGGAGGGAGAACGGCAGAAAGAGCAGCAGCAGCAGGAAGCCUGUAAAAUCCCUGGGAUUGGGAAGCGAAUGGCAGAGAAGAUCCUGGAGAUCUUGGAGAGUGGGCAUCUGCGCAAGCUGGAUCACAUCAGUGAGAGUGUUCCUGUGCUGGAGUUGUUUUCCAACAUCUGGGGAGCAGGGGUCAAGACAGCUCAGAUGUGGUACCAGCAGGGUUUCCGGACGCUGGAUGAUAUCCGCACCAAGGCGACUCUCACCAGCCAGCAAGCUGUGGGGCUGAAGCACUACGCAGAUUUCCUGGAGCGCAUGCCUCGGGAGGAAGCUGCAGAAAUAGAACAGACUGUCAGACAAGCUGCCCUGGCCCUGAAGCCUGGGCUCGUGUGUGUGGCAUGUGGCUCCUACCGUCGGGGGAAGCCCACCUGUGGAGAUGUGGAUGUGCUGGUCACUCACCCAGAUGGGCAGUCUCACCGUGGGGUGUUCAGCAAGCUGCUUGACAGCCUCCACAGGAGCGGCUUCCUUACGGAUGACCUGGUGACUCAAGAGGACAACGGUGAUCAGAAGAAGUACCUGGGGGUGUGCCGCCUCCCCGGGCCAGCCCGGCAUCACCGCCGGCUUGACAUCAUCGUGGUGCCUUACAGUGAGUUUGCCUGUGCCCUGCUCUACUUCACCGGCUCAGCUCACUUCAACCGCUCCAUGCGGGCCCUGGCCAAGACCAAAGGCAUGAGCCUCUCGGAGCAUGCCCUCAGCUCAGCCGUGGUGCGAGGCCCUGGAGGUGUCAAGGUGGCAUCUGGCCAUACUCUGCCCACUCCCACUGAGAAAGAUGUUUUCAUUCAGCUGGGGCUGCCUUACCGGGAGCCCUCAGAACGAGACUGGUGACACCUGGUUCUCACCCAGCACCCUCCGACCAUUGCCAUGCUGCUGUUUUGAAGGGUGCCGGUUUCCCCAGUGCUGCUCUGUGGUGACUGCAGACUGGGGAACAUAACCCAGCAAACUAGGGCUCCUCCCAAGCACAAGGCCCUGCUGCUGGCAGAACUGUGUGGCUUCACCCAGCAGAGGCUGUGGGCUGGAAUCACACGGGAAGCGCUGCCUGAUGCCACAGCCAGCCCCUGACUAC